AUGUACCUUGGCCCAUGGGAAGAGUACAGAAUCCUAAAGGCCAUGGAGAACCUCCGUGAGAAGAAUGAGCAAAUGCGGGAGGAGACCACAGGGAAGACUGGAGGGGCCUCCUUUGGCAGAACAAUUUGGGGCCCAGACGCCGAUCGCAGUAGUAGUCAUCAUUUCCCUCUUAAUUUAGAUGCGGCAACCACACAAGAUACUACUUUGGUAGAUUCCAUUAAAUUAAGUCAAGUGAGUUCAACACCCUCCGCACCCCGAAUUAGAUUAAAGAAAAAAAAUACAACAAAACCGAAAAAGGGUUUACGUUUCUUGAUGAAAGUGCGAGAUGUGGAUGUGUACACGGAAGAAGAUGUUGCUUCUACAACUUCGAUAAAAAGUAGUGAGAGUUCGGAUACAUUAUCCUGCAGUGAUGGUACCUCGGAAGUUAGACGACAACAUUCCAAUUUUAAUAAAACUAAUAGUGAAUGUGAUCUUCGAGGAAAUGUACGUAAUACACCUCAAGUGGAAACUAUUUCAAGUGGUUCUUCUAUUCCAAUGUCUGUGCAUGUAGAACUUGGUACCGGUAGGGUUAUUCGCAAACCACAACUACAGACUAUUCCCAAUGUAUUAACUGAAGAAAGUUCUCGUUUUUUGCAGUCAAGUUCGAGUCAAUCAAGAAAUCGAAGUAAUCAACCUCUUUUAGAGUUUAUACGUGGUGCCCCAUUAGAUACAAAGAGUAAAUAUGAACGAGCAGGUCAACCUUUACUUGAACGUCAGACAGAAAAAAAUAGAAAAAAAGAAACUGGUCCUAGUCAAGAGGAACUAGAACAACAAAUUGAACGUAGACUUCGUCUGCAGAUGCUUUAUAGUGGUCAACACACUUCUAAUGAUUCUUCAAGAGUUGAAGAUGUUAAACAAGAUCAAAGAGAGAAAGAAAAAGAAAAAGAAGAAGGACAAGGUUUAAACCGUACAGAACCUAUCUCAUUAGUACCAUGGGAUGAUCACUUUACCAAUCCUUCAAAACCACCAUUGAUCUCUGCAGAAGCACCAGGUUUCCCACCUGUUGCAAUAUCUGUAUCUAUGGAUGAAAAAAGGGAAAAAAAGGAAAAAAAGGAAAGAUCUUCUUUACGUCCAAGUUCAGCUUUAGCACAUACUAGAGUUAUGCACCCUUAUGAUAUAGGAGCUCCUAUUGCACCACCCAUUCAAGUACCUUUCACUUCUGUGAGAGAAAUAACGACACCUUUAGGUACACCUAGUCGUAUGAUAUAUGAAAGAAUACGUAGUGCUGGUAGUAAUAGUAAUAGUAUAAAUGGGAAUAGUAGUAGUACUAUUAUUGGAAGGCCUGAAACGACUAGUCCCGUUUCAUCUACGGAGAAUAAUCCAUUACCUAAUCUUAGAAGAAGAGAAACUAUAGUACCAUCUGCUGUGGUUUCACAAAAUAAUGGUACUGUUUCUAUGGAUUCAGGUAAUGCUGCACCUUUACCAGUAUCGGAUACUCCUCAGGCAACAGCUGCCAAUCCCCUUGAUGAUGAUACAGUAGGUGCACUUAUUAGUUGGGCUGAACAGCUGGAUCCGGAGAAUAUCAUAUAA